AUGGUUUCCGUCGUCGAGAAUGGAGUAUCAGAACAGAUCCAGAGAGCCUUGGACGCGCUGCGGGCAGGCCAAUGCGUCGCCAUUCUUGACGACGAGAGUCGCGAGGCUGAGACGGAUCUGUUCUUCCCCGCGUCCGCAGUACAACCCGCGGACUUGCGACGCCUGCGCAUCGACGCUGGCGGCGAAUUGUACAUAGCGGUGGGCCACGAAGUCGCGGAGACGUUCGGGAUCCCCUACAUUUCAAACGCGUUAGAAGCCGCCGCCGAUUCAAAAGCCUCACCCUCAAAUACCGGAUCUGCAAACUGCAAUGGCGUGGGCGACAAAGUGGCGAAGGGGUUUCCGGUGCUGAAAUACCUAGGGAAGGGGGUGGACGGCAUGUGCCAAGGCUCCUGUUCGGUCGGGCUGUCUCUAGACCACCGCUCCACGCACACUGGCGCUCCGGACUCAGAGCGCAGUCUCACGUGUCGGCGACUCGCGCUGCUGUGGGAGGAGAUCCGCGCAGAGCGCGCAAGUUCAUCCGGAGAAGCGGGUAAAGCGGAAGGGGAGGGGCACGCGGAGCAGGAGAACGCAAUGCGGCGGCUGGGAAAGGAGUUCCACACGCCAGGACACAUCUUCCUGUGCAUUGAAAACCCCGAGGGGCUCCGCAGAAGGCGCGGGCACACGGAGCUGUCGGUGGCUCUGGCGAAACUCGCGGGGAUCACGCCCGUCAUGGUUGGCUGUGUCAUGCUGAGCAACAGCAGUGAUGACUACGGGGCCCUCCCUGCUGCUUCUGCCCGCCAAUGGGCGGCUGCCAACUCAGUUCCUUGUCUAACAGGCCCAGAUGUAAUCAAGGCUAGGAAUGGUGGAACCUGCUUCCCUGUUUUCACAAGAGUCAAUUCCUCGAGGGCUUACUUUUUCCCCCCCAUUACUCUAGCCAUGGCGGCCACAGCGAUGGCUGGUCUGCAUUCGACCGCCUCGCUCUCUCUCCCGCGCCACCACGGCUUGCGCUCUGUGUCGUCUCCGUCGGGAAGCGAAAAGCUACAGCUUUUCGCGCGCCCGUCAUGCCGCGCUCUGCGCGGAAUCCGGGCCUCCGCGGAGCCUCAGUUCCCGCAGGGAAGCAGCGCGAGUAGACAAACAGAGGAGUCGGCCACCGCGGAGCAUUCCGAAGCGGCAUGCACGCGGCGAUCCGCGCUUCUCGCAGGUUUGGUUGCGACAGCGUGCGGGGAAGCCGCGGCUCAGCUGCUCGCUUCCCCGCUUUCUGCAGCAGCAGCAGAAGCAGAAGCAGCCAUUGCCGUUAAUUCCCAAUCCGGAGUUUUUUCCAAGCAGCCUGACGUGAUCAAUGCAUGCGUUUACGAGUACCCGGUAAAGAUUGCGGGUCCCGUCGGUGACAUUGUUUGGAUCGAGACGCGCAAGCCAGAGCGCUACUCUUCCGCCGCGCCGCUCUCCCCGGAUGCGCGCUUGCGCAUUGUGUCGGAGCGCCUCGUCCCACUUCGAUCCCUCGUCAUCAGCGUCUCUGUCUCCCCGCCGAAUGCGGCGUUCCUCCCGUCGCCGCCGCCGCCGGCGGAGGCGGAUCUCGAGACGGCCAAGGCCUCCGGAUGGACGGCCGUGAAUGUCGCUCGGUCGAUCCUGGCCGAUCGCACGUCUCCGCGCAUGACGUCGAUCCAACGGCUACAGGAAACGAUCCUCGGCGACGUGUACGAGGAGCUCCGCACCGCGGAAGGCGACUCGGAGCCUCUUAAGUACUACCUGUUCGAGUACGUGAACCAGAAGUCGCCGACUAUGCUGACGGGGCGCGAGAAGGACGUUUUCCGUCGGUCGUUAGCUGUGGCGGCGGAGCGUGAGGGGUACAUUUACUGCCUGACGGUGUCGACGGUGGAUUCGGAGUGGCCGCAGCUGGAGGAGGCUUUAAGGACGACCAUUGAUUCGUUUAGACUGACGGCUCCCACGGGAGAGUACGUGCCGCCGUGGAAGGACCCCUGGUGGUUCUGGACUGAGUGGAUGGGUGAGAGAGAGAGGAGACUGGCGGACGGAUUCGGGGAAUCCGCGUGGCUGGAAGCAGCGGUACAGGUGUGGAGCGGGGAGAGGGCUGUUGGGGUUGGGAGCGUUGGGAGGCGUUGGGGAGGAAGGGGGGGGGGAACGCGCGGGAGGGGAGAUUUUUGGGAGGAAGGCUGUGGGGAGGGGAUGAUGGAGAUGGAGGAGGGUUUGAAGAAGAGCAGUGGACGGCAAGGGCGUGCUGACACUGCCGAUGUAUCGGCCCCGGACACCUCAGCUGCACUUGCCAUUGGCGCUGCUGCUAUGGCUUCUUCCACUGCCAACUGUAGCAUUGCUGAGUCCUGGCUCAACUCACGGGUCGUCUCUCUGGGUGGGGUAGCAGAAGUGGGGACGGCAGCUGUCACAUCACUAUCCGCCCCUGCUGCUCCCCUCACACCUCCAGCCUCCACUGCAGAUGAUUCUGAUUCUGAUGAUACCUGCUCUGCUAGCUCCUCACUUGCUCUGCUUCUUUGCCACUCUAUUGCCUCUGCUGCUCCUUCUCCUCCUCUUCCUCCUCCUCCUCCUCUUCCUCCUCCUCCUCCUGUUGCUGAUGCUGCUUGUGGUGGCGGCGGCAGUGGUAAUGGUGCUGCUGCUGCUGUUGCUUGUGGCGGCGAUGGUGCUGCUACUUCUGGCGGCAGUGGUACUGCUGCUGGUUGUGGGGUCCAUGCUUGUGCAGCGUGA